CGACACUAUUAGAAUAUUUUGUGGGGCAUGCGAGCACUAAUGUUGAGGCAUCAUGGAGGCAUUUGAAGUAACGUCGACGCACUCGUCGGAAUUUGACGGCUCUAGCAUUGUCGGACUCGAAGACGACAGUGACCCUUCGAAUGCAUUUGUGGAAAGAGUCCGAGUUGACCGGAAGAAACUCGAGGAAAUGCUGCAGGAAAAUGGCUGUGACACACCCACUAUGGCAGAAAGGUUCUUCCAAAAGAUUAUGGAAACCACUGACACCAUUAUCACAUGGCCAACAAAGCUGAAGGCUGGUGCAAAAUCAAAAAAGGACCCUCAUGUUAAAGUUAGGGGACUGCCAGAUGCUGUUGCCAGAGCUCGUGAAAGCAUCCUGGAAUUGCUCGACACAAAAAGAAACAGGGUGACAAUGAAGAUGGACGUGUCUUUCACAGACCACUCUUACAUUAUCGGCAAAGGUGGCCACAACAUCCAACAAGUAAUGGACAAUACAGGCUGCCAUAUUCACUUCCCAGACUCCAAUCGCAACAGUCAACUAGACAAGAGCAACCAGGUUUCUAUUGCUGGCCAACCUAGAGGUGUGGAGAGUGCAAGGAAUCAAAUUCGGGAACUUCUGCCCAUGGUAGUGUCGUUUGAGCUGCCCUUGCACCUGGCCAUACCUACAGCACUGGACCAUUCCUCUAUGGCACUACAAGGCAUUCUCAAAAGCCAUGGCAUCACGGUUACUUUUCGACCUUUGCAUGCUGCUCUCACCUUGGUCGUGGUAAAGGGCAGCCGGCGCUAUGCUGAUCGCUUGCGUCAAGGGCUUGUUGUGCUCAUAGAAUACCUCACUGGUGGGUCCCGGACUCAUGUCGGUCUUGUGACUCUCAGCACGGAGAUUGCCCCUCAUCACCAUAGCUUUGUUAUGGGGCAUGGCAACUGUAAUGUGCAGCAAAUAGCACGGCAGACAGGCUGUGUGAUUACAUUUCCAGAUCCAGCUACAGUGGCACACCAGUCCACGUCAGUGCUUCCCCCUUUCCUUGCCCUCAAUCAGCAGACCUGCUCCCAAGGGCUACCUGUGGGCUUUCCUUCAAAGUCCACUGUCCAGAUCACGGGGAGUUUUGACGCUGUCUACAAUGCUUGGCUAGAACUAAUGGGUUGGUUGCCCCUUGUCCUCAUGUUUGACCUGAAGGAGGGCCAAGAUGCUGACCUGCUCACCAUUUCAAGACUUAUGGACCAAACAAGUGUCCACAUUUGCAUAAAACCCAAGCCUAAACGCAACUGCAAAUGCAUUGUUGCUCGCUGUGCUGAAAAAGACUCUCAACUGCUCUUUGAGGUGCGGCGAAUUAUUUUGAAUCUGGAUACUGAUGAACUUGGCAGCUCUUCACCUCUUGACAAGAUCCCUUAUUCACCUCCCCAAGCAUCGUUUAAAGGACGCAUAAUUCAAGAACAAUUAUGGAGGGAAAUCAAAGCUGCUAGUCAACACCAGGCUGCUGCGGCAGCUGCAGCAGCAGCAGCAGUGGCGGCGGCUGCCGCUGCCAGGCAGCAACAGCAGCAGCUCUUUUGGAACGGGUUGCUGAAUUGUGGUUCCUUUGUGAGCCCUGCACCACAAAUGGUCUCUGCUCCCUUGCAUCACUACCAGCAGCAGCAGGCUGCACUGCUCCCUCUGCUUUUGAGCCAGCUGUCACUGGGUUUUCGAGGACAGAAGCCACCCCCAUUUGAGCCCUCUGGAUUAUGCUCCCACAGUAGUCACUCAUUAUGCAGUACUAGUUCAGAGAGGCUUCCAAGUCCUGACCAUAGUGGCUCCUGUGGUCACAAUGCAAGCACUCGUUCCUGUUCCAGCUCCCAAGAGAGUGCCAUGGACAGCGGCUAUGGGUUUGGAUCUUGUGAUGAGGGGCACCAGCCCUGCAAUGCAGAUGGAGGCUGCUACACGUGGGAAGAGUCCACAAAUAGAGAAGAGGAUGAUACCUGGAAGAAAGCCCUCAGUCAUGGUUCACCCACACAUCUCUCCCAAGAGCAUGACUGCUCACCAAGGGAAUCAUAUGUUGAUUCCUCGAUGCCUCAGUACCAGAAAAACAUGGGUCCUGUUGGUUGUGAAAGGAAAGUGACUUUUGGAAGUCCCUUGCCACGUCUGGACUAUGAAAGGAGGAAGUUGCUUGCAACUAAAGCAAUGCAAGAGCAUGUUGGUUCUACCAAGAGGGUGCCAUCAAGCACCUGGUCUGGCUUUGGCUUUUCAAAAUCAAUGCCAGAGAGUGCGGUCAAGGGACAAAUUCAACUACGCAAUGUCGCCAGCUCUUCUAGGCGCCCCCCUAAACUCGAAGAAACUAAGGUAUGUUCAUCUAUUGACCAGGCCUCUCCAAGUAAAGUCUGGAGCAAUCCUGCUGAUGCCUGCCUUGGUGCUGCUGGUGGGUCCAUAAUGAAUGACUCGGAUGACACUCAGCACUGUGGCACCAACUUUGAGGCAGGAUUCAGUGCAAGCAACUUCUUUGAGUGUGUUGGUGCUCACAGCCAGGCACAGGAGAAGCAAAUUAUAGAUAUUCCUCACUUGUUCAGCCAACUGGGUUUGGGCAGAUAUGUGGAUGUGUUCCAGCAGCAUGAGAUUGACCUCCAGACGUUCCUGCACAUGACUGACUCUGAUCUUCAGCAGCUAUGCAUUCCCUAUGGUGCCCGCAAGAAGAUGCUAUUGGCAAUGUCAGGUGCGAAUAUAUCAACUCUCGAGCAUUGACUGCAAUCACUAGAACUUUUCAAGCAGCCCCUGGUGCCGAGCUUCAAUCUCCAAAUCAGUCUCCAUCACGGAGUUUAGUCAAUGCCUGCUGGUGAUCCACUGUUGUGCUGCCAGCCAUUGUGUGCUAGAAAUCCUGAGAGGACCUGAGUCUUUGCUGUCUUUCCUACAUCUUGCUUUAAACAUUUGUUUGUACUUAUUACUUGAAACCCUAGCAGCAUUUCUUUUAUGCUGUCAUGGUUACAGACGCACCUGUCAGCACUUGCUGUUCAGACUUGUAGACCUGAGGGGCCUUCUUUCUUUUUUUGUGAUAAAAUUUACACACUCCCACACAAAUGCAUAAAGUGGUGCUAGAUGUUUUUCUGCGUUGGUUUUUUUUUUUGUAUGUACAUGCAUGUUAAGUUCCUACAGGGCAAUUGAGACUGCCGUUAGUUCUGAUAGCUCAAUUUUUAAGAGAUAAACUACUUUUCUUAUUGCGGCAUUUCUAAUAAGUGUUCUUACCCUAUACAGCGUAACUUUAAUGAUAUUGACAAGAUUCACAUAGCAGCUGCACUGAAUUUGAAACUGCCUGAAUACACUGCUUUUACCUCGCCUAAGUCUCGAGGUCUGUGCUGUUUUUUCCAUGUCCAGUGAGCCCCCGUAUUUUUCUUGCUAAACUGACAAUUAACUCCAGACUGAAGUUAUGAUUUGUUUAACGAAGUUUUUUAUUUGCUCUUGCUAUCCUGCACUGAGUGGCCCUUGCUAUUCCUCCUUGUCCUCUAGUCUCUUCAGAAUAUGUUAAAUUAUGCAAAUUUUGACCAAUCGUAGAUUACUGCUUAGCACAAAUGACUUGAAUAGUGCCCUCUUGUAACCACAGUGGUUACACUUUUAUGAGUUCUCCACGCACAAUUUUUAGAGCAAACGUACUUGACCAAUGAAGUUUUACGUGAGGAAGCAUCUAUCAUCAGCACUUUUGCUCUGCAGGUUUGUAAUGCGAGAUGCUCAUUUUUUUGUGAAACCCAAGGGUUCAGGUUUUCCGCCCAGCUAAUUAUGACAAGUCAGCAGUUGCUAAUAUAACGUUGUUUGCAGGUAAUCUUACUGUUGUACUCUUGUUGAUGUUCUUGUAUUUCUGUUAACAUUUCCAGAACAAGUUGACACAUUUAUAGGUUUUAUGAGAUUGCCAAGGUAUCUAGUCAAUUUUUUUCUGUAAGUUGAGCAUCUAAAAUAAAGUUUUUUACAAGAA